AUGCCUCCCCUCCCUGCCCCCCUCUUCUUGACACUGCUGCAGCUUGCAUUACUUAAUUAUGUGAGUGGUGGGGCAUUCUACGGACACAAGCAACACCCUCAGCCAUACCAGCCAGUGCAGCACCUCCAACACAUGGGCAUGGGCAAAGAAAGCUUUCCCCAGCAGCAGUACCUUGGCAAAGAAGUGCCCUAUAUGCAGUAUCCCCAUUACAGGAAGGAGCUACCCCAGAUGCCAGUGCACAAGGGCAAAGAAAAUGCUCGUAAAGGGGGCGGAUAUAAUGGUGGUCAAGACAAAGGUCACACAAUCCCCAGUGGUGCUGAGGGAAUUCCUCAAGGAGAACCAGGACCAGCUGGGCCACCAGGACCAGAGGGACCUCCGGGACCUCCUGGGCCUCCAGGGAACGGACAACCAGGACCUGUGGGACAACCUGGACCUCCUGGUCCACCAGGAGUGCCUGGAGUGGGCAAACCAGGUUUGCCAGGACUGCCAGGCAAGCCAGGAGGAAAUGGUGAGGCUGGGCCACAAGGAGAAAUGGGGCCAAGAGGGGAGGAAGGGCCAUCUGGACAGCAAGGGCCUCAGGGUCCCCCAGGACCACCUGGGCUACCAGGAAUGGGUAAACCAGGGGGGCAGGGAUUACCAGGCCAACCAGGGUCAAAAGGAGAGCCAGGUCACAAAGGUCUGCCAGGACUACCAGGAUUACCAGGACCCAAAGGAGAUAAAGGGAUGGGCCAGCCAGGACAACCUGGUCACAAAGGGCUCCCAGGGCCCCCGGGACCAGCUGGCCCAAGAGGACUGCCUGGUUUUGGAAAACCGGGGUUGAAUGGGGCGCCAGGCCCACAAGGACCACCAGGAGAGAAAGGACGUCCUGGAGAGCAAGGACCAGCUGGGCCUGCAGGUGAAGGAGGACAGCCUGGCCCACCAGGGCUACCUGGUCAAGGAAAGCCAGGUCAAAACGGCCUGCCAGGACAACCAGGCAUGCCAGGUGCAAAAGGUCAUCCAGGACCACCAGGUUUGCCAGGAAAACCAGGACUGCCUGGAUUUGGUAAACCAGGACUCCCAGGAACCAAGGGUGAUAAAGGUAUGGGUGGGCCACCCGGACCUUCAGGACCAAAAGGAGAUAAGGGCCAUGGAGGACUACCUGGCAUGCUUGGACCCCCUGGACCAAAUGGUCCACCAGGUCCUCCAGGCCCUAUGGGACCCUCAGGAGGUUUAGGUGCACCUGGUCCUAAAGGAGACUGUGGGGAAGGAGGACCUAAGGGGCUUGAUGGAGCCCAGGGUGACCCUGGUCCUCCUGGAAUACCUGGUAAGGAUGGUCUGCCUGGAGACCGGGGAGAGCCAGGGCCAAGAGGUCCCCCAGGACCAGGUGGUUCCAAAGGAGACAGUGGACAUAAAGGUCUACCUGGUGCCCCUGGUAAUCCUGGACUACCAGGACCAAAAGGACAAGAUGGAUUACAUGGUGAAAUGGGACCUCAAGGUCCUAAAGGAAUCCCAGGAAUGGAUGGUGCAACAGGACCAAUCGGGCCUCCUGGUCCCUCAGGGCAAAAAGGAGAUAGUGGUUCACCUGGUCUACCAGGCAUUACAGGUGAGGGGAGUCCAGGUCUUCCUGGUCCCAUAGGACCCACAGGAAAAGAGGGCCCAUCAGGACCCCCUGGGAAACCAGGUCAGCCGGGCCCCCCUGGACCACCAGGACCACCUGGAGUACCUGGUCUGUCUCCUGACAUGGCUGGAGUACUCUCUGAAAUGGGUCCUGGACUAGAUGGUGUUAAGGCUGGUAGUUAUGGUAAGAAGAGCAAGUACGGAGGCAAUGGGGCAGAAGUAAUGGGUGCCAGUGGGCUGGAAAUGCCAGCAUUCACAGCUGUAGCAACAACUCCUUUUCCACCUGUGGGCACUCCAGUUGUCUUUGACAAGCUCUUGUACAAUGGUCGUCAAAACUACAACCCCCAGACAGGAAUUUUCACCUGUGACAUGCCUGGCAUUUAUUACUUUGCCUACCACAUCCAUUGCAAAGGAGCCAAUGUGUGGGUGGCUUUGAUGAGGAACAAUGAACCAGUGAUGUAUACAUAUGAUGAAUACAAAAAGGGUUUCCUAGACCAAGCAUCAGGGAGUGCAGUAUUACCUCUACAACCUGGAGACAAUGUGUAUAUUCAGCUGCCCUCAGAUCAGGCCUCAGGACUUUAUGCUGGGCAGUAUGUGCACUCCUCCUUUUCUGGGUACUUGUUGUAUCCGAUGUAA